GCAUAUACACUCGGGCUCGUGAUUCUGAAGGAAAUAAAAUAUGGCUGUCCAGGUUAAAAACAAUCAAUCGACUCCCAAAGAAAAAUGCGAUGUCUGUGCGUCUAGAACAUUAAAGGAGUUUUUAAAUACCGAGUUUUCCUGUUGUAUGGUCUGUGAAGGCUACUACAGCUUCAACUUUGGACAACCAGUUUGCAGUACAUGUCAUUUAUUUCUGUUCUCUUCCGACAUUGACAUUGAAGACGGUCAACAAGAGGUGUAUGCAGAGGUGGACGACUCAGAUGCUGACUCUGGUAAUGAAGAGCCUGGUGUGGAGAGCGAUUUUUACACCCCAAAGCCAAAACGUCCAACACUCCGAGUCAAACCGAUUCCUCACAAACAAGAUAAAUUAGCAGAGCGGAUUUCUCUGCUGACAGUAAGCACCAAGCAGGACCAUGUACCAGAAGGACUGGUGGACUCCAUACCACCAGAAGUGCUAUUGGUAGUGUUUAAGUACUUGGAUGAUAUCUCCCUGUGGACCGCCGGCCGAGUGUGUACAAGAUGGCGACAGAUUCUAGAUGGAGAAACCACCGAUGCACAGUGGAAAGAGUUUUGUAAAUUACGGUGGCCCUUGUUUUAUCCACAGUACCGUGUUAAAAAAUGGAAAACAAUUUACACGAAAUUGUUAGAAAGUUCUCCAUGCAAAUAUUGUUUAGAGAGCAUGAUGUUACAGAGCACCCCACCCAUUGAGGAAAACUCUUGGAGACACAGAAGGUUACGCAGUGAACUAAAGACCCUGAAGUCUGACCCCCCAGAGGGCAUCAAAGCCACCCCCCUGGACAGACAUUGCUGCCACUGGCAAGCCUCCAUUACUGGUCCCCAGGGAAGUCCCUAUGAAGGGGGACUAUUUCUACUCUACUUACAAAUACCACAAAGCUAUCCUAUGAGACCACCAAAAGUGAGAUUCAUCACCAAAAUAUUUCACCCUAAUAUCAGCAGACAUGGAGAUGUAGGACUGGAUUCCAUUCACCAUAACUGGAGCCUGGCCCUGACUAUAUCCAAAGUUCUUAUCUCUAUACAGUCUCUGUUGACAGACCCUUACUGUUUUGUGUGCAUGGAACCAGAGAUUGGAAAGUUGUACCUGACCGAGAGAGAACAGUUUAACAAAGUGGCAAAGUUGUGGACUUGGAAAUAUGCCAUGCAUGAUUUUCUCUUUCCAAUGAACAUUGAUCUGAAUGCCGAGUUGUGAAAAACGUGCAAUAUUCCGUUGAGUUACUCAGAAAUUUUAUUUGUAUGUGCUUCUUCCCAUGUGAAACUUUUAUAAAAUAAAUUUACAAAAUGAAAUUGAAAAGCAAAUACGAUACGAAAUAUAUGUACUUUUAGGCUUAUACAUGUAUCAAACACCGUUGUUUUUUUAAGCCUGGUCCGAAUUCAAUGGUGGCUUUAUGUUGAAAAACAAGGUCAAAUUCCUCGCAUAUAACAUGUUAUAAGAAAUGUUUUUUUUCAGAAAUCGUUGAGUGUUCAUCAGUAUAUAAUUUAUUUAUCUCUGGUGUACUGCCAAGAAAACAUUUUCACUAACUUUUCUCUUUUUUUUAUACAGCACUCAAUAGAUUGAAUCUUGAUCCAGAUACUGUUUACAUAAUAUGGUGUACUAGUACAUGUGAACCUAAUGGUUUCCUAACAUUUUCGACUUAUAUUUAAUUUAUCUGAAAAAUCUUAAAUAUAUCGAUUUAUCAAAAUUAUCUAAUCAUAUGAAAAGGUAUAAAAAGUCAAUCGGAACAUUCCUCGGCCUUUUCCGUUAACUCGACUUGGUGGAAAAGGCCGAACGAUGUUCCGAUUGAUUAAAAGUAAGUGUUCCGGGUAAAAGCUUGCAAUUUUCCAAAGAAAUUAAAAUUUAAGGUACAACGAGUCCGAGAUCUAUCAAAAUAUCCCUAUUCAUAACCACUGCCUUCCAUUUCAUGCGUUCGGAGGCUGCAUGGCAAAGUAAAUACGACCAUAUUACGGGCCUCAU